GAAAUCAGAGUGAUUCAGGGUGGGAACUUAUAUCAGUGGGCUCUCUUUUCGCCUCUUCCCUCUUUGGCGCAUUCACCGUCGAGCUCAGCCUGCUGUAGUUACCUCCCUGUGGUCCAGAGACUGGGGAAUCCACCUGCCGGAGAGCAGACACACCUCGGGAUGGAUGCCCUGAAAUCAGCCGGCAGAGCGAUUAUCAAGAGCCCGGGAGUUCCGAGGCACACAUGGGGAACUUCAAAGCACGAAAAGCUGCCAGAGAACUGGACGGACACCAAGGAGACCCUGCAGGAUGGGAUGGUGUUCAACGUGAAGUACCUGGGGAUGACUCUGGUGGGCCAGCCCAAAGGAGAGGACAUGGCCUCAGCUGCCAUUCGCAGAAUCGUUACCACGGCCAGGGCCAGUGCCAAGAAGUUUCGGAAAGUAACUUUGACGAUCUCUCCGAAAGGCAUCAUCAUGACGGACACAGAGGCCACGGACCUCAUAGAAAAUGUCUCCAUAUACAGAAUCUCGUACUGCACAGCAGAUAAAACUCAGGAUAAAGUCUUCGCAUAUGUCUCUCAGAGUCAGUUCAACGAGACCCUGGAGUGCCAUGCGUUUCUCUGCCAAAAGAAGAAGAUAGCUCAGGCUGUGACAUUAACUGUAGCGCAGGCUUUUAAAGUAGCGCUUGAUCUUUGGGAGAUUGCUCAGGAAGACAAAAGCAAGAAAGCCAGGACUUGCUGUUCUUGUGCAGCCAGCAAAGGGCAGACGGAGACAGCAGGCCCUCAGUGUGUUCCAGCUGAGCAACACAAGCCGCUUGUGAUGGAGGAGAAGCUCCGGAGGCCCUUCUUCUCCGCGUCACUCAGCUCGCCCUCGCCUCGCAGUAACCCCACUCGAAGACGACCAAUCAAACACGACUCUUGGGAUGUUGACGAUGGACUCGAUGAUCCGUUUUCAAGCAACAUGGAAGUAGAGGAGAUGGACACCGACUGGCCGAGUCCUGCUCCCAACCCGUCUCUGACCAUGCAGAUCUGAGUCCCUGGGAAGUUUACAACCACAAUUUGUUAACCAUCUGCAACAAUGAAUUUGAAUAACUGGCAAAAGCUGCCCAAUGUACAGCACCACCGAAAAAUGACAGUGAAAUCAGACCCCUCAGGCCUAGAGACCAACAACAAACCCGAAACAGACAAAACCAUAUCACGCUUCCCGGUGCACAACCCGUUUGAUUUCCUCUGGCUGCUGCAGAGAGGGCAGAAUGGAUACCUUGAUAUUAGAAACUGCUCUGUCUGAAUGUGUGCCAGUACACACUCCACUCGGACAUAUUCAGCCAUACUCUUACUGCUCGAUGAAAGGCACAACGUGCAACACAGCACUGCAAGAUGAGUCAUCACACAGACGGAAGAGAUGCAUACCAAGAAUGGAGUCUCUUUAUAUUCCAAAUAUGUAAAAACAAACUAUGUGUACAUACAAUGAGACUGUCACCUCUUUCUGAAAUGUGAAAUGUCAUGUAAAGACAAAGAAGCAUCUAGGACCCACCUUGGAAAUGACAAUAUUUGAAAGAAGCAUACACGUGAUGUUUAGAGAAUGGGGUACAAUGUUUAUUGCCAACAAAUCCAAAUGUAAAUGUUUAUUUUAAGGCCCAAAAGUCCCUAAAUAAGUACUGCCUACUUUCUGUAUCCAAUGUUACGUUAACCUCGUUGACGACAGCAUUCAUUUUCAUGUUUUCAUCCACCAGGUGCCCUGUGCCCAAAACUUAACAGGAAUUGGGUAUUUUGAUAACAAAGCGAACAAUCACCAUGGAAACUGAGUAACUUAAUGUUCUUAAGAAGGCCACCAGAUGUUGAUAAAAGCUUUGGAAGCUCAGGAGUGAAGCUUCAAACUCAAGCAAACAAAUCAACCAAAUUCAGAUAAAAAUGUAAGCAGCAGAGGCAGAGAUUUUCUCACAUGCACUCUCUUUUAUCGGCCAAGCUCCAAUAACAAUGGAUUCUACAUUUCCCAUAAACCCAUUGACAACUUGAAGGAAUAUUGUAUUAGACAUCCACAUAUUCCAAACUCAACUCCACUGAUUUGUGAAAAUAAGAAAGUAGAUAACUCUGAUUACAUAUUAUGACAUCAUCAGGUUACUUUUGCUGUAUAUUAAACCACACGACACAACAUACAGCAGUUUCCACAGACUCGGCUAUUCAUAACAAGCAAACUGCCAUGCCCCUUUUAGAGAACCACAUCUUUGUCUGAUUUAGAAAUAUUAAAUACAUUUAAAAAUACACAUAGGAUGACCCUCCUUUUGUGAGAAAUGUGUAUGAUUCAGUAAUCAAAUUGAGUAACCCUUGUGCUGCUGUAUGUGAACAAUGUUAAUAGAUAGUGUUUGCAAAUAUCACAAUCUUGUGCCACUCAAAUCAACAGCAGACAUCUCUCACAGACACCGACUGACAUUCCUCUAACACUCUACUUCAAUGCUGUCUUAUAUAAAUAUGACUUUUAUAAUGUAAGGAAUACAUACAUUACAUACAGCCACUGUACAUAAAGAUGGUGUUACAGAAUAGCGAUGAUUGGAGGUUCUGAGGACGAGUGUAUGGCGAGGCCAACUAUUUCCAUAUGCUGUAUUUUUUCAAUGUCAGAGUAAUUUAUGUAAGCAUAUUGUAUCAUCACAAAGGAAGUAGGAUGAAUAGAUUCAGGGCUUCACACAUGUUGUUUUCAAAAGGUAAUUAUCACUCGUGUUGUUGCUUGUAUGUUUUGCAUUAGAUUAGACAAUUUAUACAAAUGUAAUCACAUGUGUUUCUUUUUAUCACUGCAGGAAUAUUUUUUAAAUAUAGUCCUUCUCUCAAAGUAAUCACCUGUUGCAUUGAUCGGCACAGUUCACAUCUGCCUCUGUUCACUGUAAUCUGUGCCACACAACACGUCUUUUGUCCCAAACCUCAUCAUAGAACAAUUAUUGCCCUCCUGAGACGCGGCAAAUUAUUUGUAUCCGCUGCUUGGAUGACGUUUUGCUGUCGAGAGGGUAUUAUAUUGUGCCCCAGCCUGGCUGAAGUGGUCCUUCUCUCUGUAUUCAGGGCAUCAGCACUGUUGUCAUGACACCCGCUGCAGAAUAAUUGGAUGGCUUAUCAGGUUACGCCAUGAAGCUUAAUUGCAUUGUUUCAUUCCUGACUGGCUGAAAUGCAGCCUCCAAUGUAUCUUUAAAAAAAAAGAACUCCAAAUCAUAUGAUAAAUAACCUCAGUACUGACUAAAAAAUGCAGCAUCGUUAUUUCACCUUACAGUUGAACAUCUUUCCUCUUGAGUGGAAGUGAUUUUUCCAACACUGACUUCACUCAUUGAUUAACGUGUGGCUGGUUUCGGUUUCUGCUGAUUCAAUGCUUUUGAGUGAUAUUCGCAAAUGGGCUGUUGUCCAGCACCCUUCGGACACGGAAAUGGUUUCCAAUAACGACAUAAAACAGUACAAGUUUUGAGAAAAAAUGCUUCAUUAGCCAAUGCAGAGACCUUUGUUAUAACUAUUGAAUAUACCCAGUCAUUUUGAUUGACUUUAAAACAAAAAAAUGAUUUUACUUUGAAGGGAAGUCCCUUUGGGCUUUUUCUUUUAGUAGAUUCAUCUCUAUAAAUUGUAUUUUGGCAAAACUUGAUCUGCCUGAUUUAAGAGUUUUAUUUCCUGUGUCUAGGAUUCUGUAGCUCACUUAUCCCCUGUGAAUCUUGAAUGGAUGCGGUGCUCUGGCACAGCCGAGCACUUUCCAUGCGUGAGGGGAGGAGGGGGCGGGUAUCACAUGCCAAUUUGAGUCGGGGGUGCUCUGAAUACAGAUCAGUCCGCGAGGGUUUGAGGUCAGAAAACAUUUGAGGCUUUCAGAGUUUUUCAGAUAUUGUUGCCCAAAAUAAGCAUGAUGUUUACAAGAUGGGUUUACUUUUCAAAUAUGGUGCUUAUUUUCUAUCUAUGCAAUUAGUGGGUUUCCAACAGUGUUUUGAUCAUAAUAGCAAUGUGUGUAUAAACCACAAGCAGUUGAUAAAAACUGUGUAAAAAAGGUGUACAGCAUUUGGAAACUGUUAUGGUUUGUUACAUAUUUAUGCAUAAUAAAAGACUUUGUACAAACAUUUAA